AUGGCCGGUUCGAGUCCGGUCGUCUCCGCGCCCCAGCAGCAGCAACUGCAGCUGCAGCAGCCGUUUCAGCCGGAACUGCACCAGUCGUUUACGCGCUCGAGCAUGGCGCUGCCGUUUACCGAUGGCGAGUUUGUGGCGCCGGCGCUGUGCUCGAUGGGCGAUAUGCCUGUGUCGUUGUCGAUGGUUAGUCCGUUGGAUGCGGAUCCGACGGGGCGGUUAUUGUUUGGGGAGGCGGGGUUCGGGGAUGGGGGGUUCUCGUUAGAGGAUUUGGAUGUUGGGGCGUUGGAAAGGGAGGUUCUUCAGGAGGAUUGGUCGUGGUUGUCUGAGAAUGCGCUCUAA